GUUUUCCCGCUCACACAGAGACUACACAUCCAUUCGAGUUACUUAACCCACUUGAGAAAGGGGUUUCCAUAAGACCCUCCUCCCUCUUCGUCUUCUUUCUUCGGCCUCUGGCGCGUCUUUCUUCAAAGACAUGACUCGGACUUGGCUUAUUGAUGACAGAACAAUUGCAAAGAAAGUUAAAAAUACUGCUCCGCUCUCAGCUCAUGAAAUCCAUGCCUGUGGGGCAACUCGUGAAUGUCCAAAUUGCCGGUAUCAUAUAGAUAAUAGUGACGUUUUUCACGAAUGGCCAGGCCUGCCUGCUGGUGUAAAGUUUAAUCCUUCUGAUAUAGAGCUCUUGGAACAUUUAGCAGCAAAAUGUGGUGUGGGAAUCAUAAAACCACACAAUCUUAUUGAUGAGUUUAUCCUGACACUUGAGGGGGACAAAGGAAUUUGUUACACUCAUCCAAAAAACCUUCCUGGUGCUAAGAAAGAUGGAACCAGUGUUUAUUUUUUUCACAGAACAUUUAAUGCUUACACUACUGGUCAACGGAAGCGCCGCAGAGUCCAAAGUGAAUGUAGUUCGAAUGAAGAGCAUGUUCGUUGGCACAAGACUGGAAAAACCAAACCGGUCAUGGAAAAUGGAGUUCAAAAGGGAUGGAAAAAAAUCAUGGUUCUCCAUAAAGGUGCGAAGAUGUCCAAGCCAGAUAAGUCCAACUGGGUGGUGCAUCAGUACCAUUUGGGUCCUGAAGGGGAUGAAAGAGAGGGUGAAUAUGUGGUUUCUAAAAUUUUCCAUCAACAGCCAAAGCUGAGUGAUAACAAUGAUGGCAGCCCAGUUAUUGAAAUUCAUGAUAGUUUGGCAGUGCAAACAAUUCCAGGGACUCCCAACCCAAAUCCUCCCAAUCCACCACGACCUGGGAUUCAUGAAAAUAUAGUUGAUGAUAACACACCCCUAUCCGCUUUCCAGGAAGGAGAUUCUUCAAUAGGAGCUUCUCAUGUCCCUCCACCUUUAGCUGGGCUUGAGAAUGACAUGGAUUAUCCACCAUGCUUGGCAGGCGAAUCUCAGGCUGUACAAACAGAUUAUUUGAAUGGCAUUGAGGAUUCUUGGUUAUGCAAGGAGAUUUUGGACUCUACUUCUCAUUUAAAUAAUCCUGGGCUGAACCAUGUCUCAUACUCAGGCUUCAGUUGUAAUUCUAAUGCGGAGACAGGAAUUAACAAUACAUCAGCUGGAUUUUUUGAUCUCGAGAAUCUUGAACUUGAUACUCCACCAGAUUUCCAGCUUUCUGACCUGAAUUUCGAUUCCCAGGACAGUGUUUUUGGUUGGCUCGACCAUUUAUGAAGAAAUAUGUGCCAAAGCAAAAGCUUCCCAAGGAUGAAAAUAAAAUCCCUGUCUUGUGCAGUCUAGAUCCUAGCUGAAGCUGCCACAUUUUCUGUUAUUUCUCCUAGUCGGCGAAAUUCAGCUGGUUGCUCUAGGAUCAAAGGAAGUUCACUUUUUUGCAGAUCGUCAAGUCUCUUUUUGUGUGAUCAGGUAGAAAUGUCUGGCGGCUUUUGUGAUCCAACCCACAUAUUCCAAAUUGGCAAAUGUUGUAUCAUAUGAUGCUGGUGGUGGCACGUAUGCGACUUUAAUCGACAGAUUUAUUUGUUGGUUCCAUGAUGGGUUCAAGCCUCUCAUUUUGACAUAACAACUUUCUGGAAUCAGUAAAUAAAUCUGUGGCAAUAUAUGUAUUGUAUAUGUGAAUCCUAAUGUUUGCUCUUGUAUUCAUAAGGAACUGUAUGAAAUUACAUGAUAGCUAGUUUUCUCCAUUUUGGCCUAUACGUGAUACCAUUUAUAGUUUU